AUCAACCUGUUCACUUCAUCAAUCCUUGUGACAUUACUCAUAUUAACCAUCCCCAUCAUGAUGACCAGCACCACCUUAUACACCAAUAAACUCUACCCCCAAUACGUAAAAACUACUACCUCAUACGCCUUUAUAAUUAGCCUAAUCCCCAUAAUAAUGUUUCUCUAUUCAGGCCAAGAUACGAUAAUCUCAAAUUGACACUGGAUUACAAUUCAAACGAUAAAACUCUCACUCAGCUUUAAACUCGACUACUUUUCAAUGAUUUUCGUACCAGUAGCGCUAUUCGUUACAUGGUCCAUUAUAGAAUUCUCAAUGUGAUAUAUACACUCAGACCCCUACAUUAACCGAUUCUUCAAGUACCUACUCCUUUUCCUCAUCACUAUAAUAAUCCUGGUCACCGCCAACAACAUAUUUCAACUAUUUAUCGGGUGAGAAGGAGUAGGCAUUAUAUCAUUCCUACUCAUCGGCUGAUGGUACGGACGGACAGAUGCCAACACAGCUGCACUACAAGCCAUCCUCUACAACCGUAUUGGAGACGUAGGGUUCAUCCUAGCCAUAGCCUGAUUCCUAGCCAACCUAAACACCUGAGACCUCCAACAAAUCUUCAUGACCAACCACAAAAACCUAAGCAUCCCCCUUACGGGCCUAUUACUAGCAGCCACCGGAAAGUCCGCACAAUUCGGCCUCCACCCAUGACUACCCUCAGCCAUAGAAGGUCCAACCCCUGUAUCGGCCCUACUGCACUCAAGCACUAUGGUUGUCGCAGGAGUAUUCCUCCUAAUCCGAUUCCACCCCCUAAUAGAACAUAACAAGACCAUACAAACCAUCACACUGUGCUUGGGGGCAAUUACAACUUUAUUCACAGCAAUCUGCGCCUUAACACAAAACGACAUCAAAAAAAUUAUUGCUUUCUCUACUUCAAGCCAACUCGGACUAAUAAUUGUAACCAUCGGCAUUAACCAGCCCUACCUGGCAUUCCUUCACAUCUGCACGCAUGCAUUCUUCAAAGCCAUGUUAUUCAUGUGCUCCGGAUCAAUUAUCCACAGCCUAAAUGACGAACAGGAUGUUCGAAAGAUAGGAGGACUAUUUAAAGCGCUACCAUUUACCACCACUUCCCUAAUUGUUGGAAGCCUAGCACUCACGGGAAUACCCUUCCUAACGGGAUUCUACUCCAAAGACCUAAUCAUCGAGACCGCCAACACGUCGUAUACCAACGCCUGAGCCCUUCUAAUAACUCUCGUCGCCACCUCCAUGACAGCUGCCUACAGCACCCGAAUCUUAUUCUUCGCACUCUUAGGACAACCCCGCUUCAACCCUAUCAUCACAAUCAACGAGAGUAAUCCACUCCUAAUCAAUUCCAUUAAACGUCUCCUGUUCGGGAGUAUUUUCGCAGGAUUCCUAAUCUCCUACAACAUUACACCCACCACCACCCCACAGGUAACUAUGCCUCAUUACCUUAAAACUAUAGCCCUAACCGUAACUGUCUUAGGUUUCAUCCUGGCACUAGAACUUAACCUCACAACGCAGAACCUAAAAUUUAAAUACCCCUCGAACCUAUUUAAAUUCUCAAACAUACUAGGCUAUUUUCCCACCACCAUUCACCGCCUAAUACCUAAAGCAAACCUACUCAUAAGCCAAAAAUCAGCAUCAACACUACUAGAUAUAAUUUGACUAGAAAAAAUCCUACCAAAAUCCGUCUCCCAUUUCCAAGUAAAAUCCUCGAUCAUCAUUACUAGCCAAAAAGGCCUAAUCAAACUAUACUUCUUAUCAUUUAUACUAACCCUAGCCCUCAGUUUACUUAUACUUAAUUUCCACGAGUAA